GCCUUGUGUUCGGGCUUUGACUACAGCUUUGGGGGUUGUUGCUUUGUAGAUGCUCGCCGUGGAUUCUGCUCGUUGACGAUCACGUUGACUAGAUCAAGCCAAUUGCUUAAUGUCCGGACUCAAAAACUCUCCCUUUGGCAAGCGACUACGCGCGACACAUCAAGACAACGAAGAAGACGGUCCACGAAGAAACCGACAACGCGUUAACCCAAUUUUCUAUACCGCCACAUCGUCGACAACAAAGGACGCGACGCCAGAAUCGCCUGUUACGACGCGCGACAUGUACGGGGACAGAUUUGUGCCAUCUCGGGAUGCUGGGGAUAUGCGAACGAGCUAUCACUUAAUGGAUGAAAGCGGUCCUUCAACACCUUCAAAAUCUAGAAUUAUACCAACAGAAUCAGAUGCAUUGAAGGAACAAGCAAACGCAAUAUUCACAUCCAUCCUGCACACAGAAGUAACUCCCCCUUCCCCACGUCGACCCACCUCACCCCAACGACCUACAACUUCCUCAAGUGCAACAACAACUCUCCCACCAAGUACUCCCACCCGAAAGCGCAUAUUCCAUUACACAUCACCCGCCACAUCAGCAAACCCCAGCACACCAACCCGCAGACUUGACACUCCAACAGACGAAGCCUAUUCCAUGAGCCCCGUCCGUGCAGAAUCUCGUCAACUCCUCGAGUCCCCCCGCAGACAACUCCGCAGCGUCUGCAAAACGCCCUAUCGCGUUCUCGACGCACCAGAUCUUGCGGAUGAUUUUUACCUUAAUCUCGUAGAUUGGAGCAAUACGAAUGUACUCGGCGUUGGACUAGGAAGCUGCGUGUACUUAUGGACAGCACAUAAUGCAGCUGUUUCCAAGCUAUGCGAUUUAGCAGGUUCAAAUGAUACAGUCAGCUCCGUCUCAUGGGUCCAAAAGGGCACGUUGCUUGCUAUUGGAACUCUUUCGGGUAGAAUGCAUAUCUACGACGCUAAUACUCUCCAAGUUCAACGCUCAUACAACAACGCCCACACUCAACGUAUCGGUGCUCUCGCUUGGAAUUCACAUAUCCUUUCAUCAGGCUCACGAGAUCGUAUGGUGCACCAUCGAGACGUCCGAGAGCCCACUCACCGUCCGUUCAAGCGGUGUGCGGGGCACAGACAGGAAGUGUGUGGGUUGAAGUGGGCUAGGGAUGGCGGGCCGUUGGCAAGUGGGGGGAAUGACAACAAAGUGUGUAUAUGGGAUCUACGAGGUUCGAAACGCGCUUCUGUUUCUGGAAGUUCGACGUCAGGAUCAGGGAGUGUGGAAGACGCAGGAGGAAGCGGAAGCGGAGAUGCGCCACUCUGGAAAUUCCACGAGCACACAGCAGCAGUCAAAGCACUCGCCUGGGAUCCACAUGUGAGUGGGGUGUUGGCGACUGGAGGAGGGACGCAAGAUAAACAUAUUCGAUUUUGGAAUACGUUUAAUGGGACGAUGCUUAGUGAGCUUGACACUGGGAGUCAGGUCUGCAACUUAAUAUGGUCCUUAACUUCCCACGAACUCGUCAGCACCCACGGCUUUAGCAGCACCACAGCCCAAAACCAAAUAUGUAUCUGGAAAUACCCGACGCUGAAUAUGGUGGCGUCUUUGACGGGGCAUACGCAUCGGGUGUUGUAUCUCGCUAUGAGUCCUGAUGGUGAGUCGGCUUCUCUUUGAUUCCAUCCAGUGGGUGGUGCUGGAGAUGAGAUGCUGGGGUGCUGGGGUUGUAACGUCCAAUGGUGCUGGGAUGAGAUGCUGAUUUAUGUUCCUAGGUGAAACAAUCGUAACAGGUGCUGGGGAUGAGACGCUUAGGUUCUGGAAUGCGUUUCCGAAGAAGGAGGGCGGGGAGAAGCGGGAGACGAGGCUGGAUUAUGGGAGGCUUAUCAG